CUUCACAUGGCAUGCAUGUGUUGAGAUAUAAAGACGAAGGCAAAGAGGAGUAAGAAUUUGAAGGUCUAGAGAAAGAGAGAGAAGAGAGAGGAUCAAUGCUGAUAAAGAGAAUAGAGCUUUGUAUAGAAAUUGUGAAGAGAACAAUGGAUUGCAUGGUGGUGGUAGCUGAAGCCGCGAGAGACUUCUUUAGCCAAGCUCCUCAGGCUCCGCCGGCUCUCCUCCGCCAUGGCCCCUAUUAUCACUCAAUCUCCUUUCAGCCUUCCGCUUACAUGAUUGGCUAUCUUCCCUGAGAUUGUAGUUCUCUGUAAUAUUUUUGUAAAUAGCAAAUUAAUGUAAAUUACUUAUUUUCCAAGAUGUUUUUUUUUUGAUAAAGGAUUUAUCCAAGAUGUAUUUUUUUUCCCAAGAUGUAUUAUACGGACCUAAACCUGGUCGGUGGUGUUGCAGCAGCUUUAACACAAACCACAAAGCUACUUAUCCAAGUUAUCUUGUAUACUACGUUGUAAUUAAUCACGUCUUUUAUUUCACCUCAGUUUCCGAAUUGUUUUUGUAUGUGGGUUUAAUUUGCUUUGUGUUGUGGUUUUCCUCUUUGACUUUGUUUUCUGGUUUCUAAUAUUAGAAUUCGAUGUGGAACUAAAAAUAAACGUAAGAAUUAAAUGUAAAUAUUGAUAUGAAAUGGGAUGAUUAUCCAUCAUAUGCCAUUUCAUGAAACUACAUUGGCCUCUCCAAAGGAGUUAUCUUCAUCAUUAUAACACAUUUCUUUGGAUUUUGAAGUUGUGUGAUUCGUCUUCAUAUUUUUCAGUUGUAAAUAACUAUAAUCAAGACCCAGUUAAAAAAAUAGUUAUAAUCAAGAGAGUUAUAUAAACAUAUGCUAGUACAUAAAAAAUACAAUACAAGAAACUUAACAUAAAGUCUUGGAUUUUUUCUCUUUCUCUUAUUGCUUUAUUUAGAAUUCAUACAUAUUUUACUACCUCCAGUAUUUAUAAUACGUUGUCAGAGGGGAGAAAAUUACUGUAAAAUACAUGAAAGUGUUCAAAAGAAAUCACAUAAUAAUUUCGUUCAGAAAACAAAUUGAUAUAUAUAUAUAUAUAUGUAUAUACAUAUUUUAAUAUUAUAUUUUAAAAAUAUUACUUUUAAAAUUUAUUUCUGUUUUCGUAUACCACAUGAAUUGUUUCUAUAGAUUAACAUAUAAAUUCUGAAAAAUUACUUAUACUGAACAGUUCAAGUCAUUGGGAGGUAAGAUGAACUAUACCUCCAAAAUAAUAAACCUACCAAAAAAAAGAAAAGUCCAACAGAGCCAGUGCUAGAAUUACAUAUAUACUUUUAUAAUGUAAAAAAUAUAAAAGAAAAGACCAACAGAGCCGGAGCUCAUUCAUGUACUACAGACACCAAAUUUAAGGACGGACAGCCUUGCACGUAGUGCAAGAAAGCAAUCGUAUGUUGUUGUCCAUAUGGAUGCGGAGCUACUAGUUUGGUUUACAUAGUCUACAUGAUUCUGUUUAUUUUGCUAACAAAAAAAAAUAAAAAAAUAUACUUAGUACGCAUUUAACCUCAUGCCUUGCAUUCAUAAGUAGAAGCACUGUGAUAGGCGAUGUAGAAUAUACUCCAACAUUCGACAUGGCAGAGCUUUGGAACAGAUUGUAAAGAGCUGAUCACCAUGAAUAGAUUGUAAGGAGAAGCGCUUUUGCUACUGAGAAAGCGAACAGUCAGCGCGAAGGUUCAAGACUUUUCUGAGCGUUAGCGAAGCUAGAUUCUCAUAGCGAGGCGCGUAAGACCGAUUGCUCAUGCUAUUUGGGAUCCUCAUUUUGGUCAACCGGCUGUGGAAGCAUUUACUCGAGGAGGUGUUUUUGGCCCGGUGUAUAUAGCUUAUUCCGGUGUUUAUCAGUGGUGGUAUACAAUCGGUUUACGUACUAAUGAAGAUCUUUAUACUGGAGCUAUUUUUCUAUUAAAGCUUUGCAACGGAAUUAGAGAGGAUAGAGUCUCUGAAGAUAUGUUUCCCAGAUUUCAAGAUCACUCAUAUUCCACGAGCGCAAAAUCAGACUUCCGACUCUUUAGCUAGAGGACUGCGAUGUAUUUCCAUAGAGAACUUUGUUUUGUUGAUUAUUCUAUAACCAGACCACCUCAAGUUUGAGUAAUAAAAUAGCCGUUUGUUGCCAAAAAAAAAACCUCAUGCCCUGAGGUUGAACAACAAAUUUUGUGUGAUAUAAAGUCUAAUGAUGAUAGUUUGUGAGGAUCUUUGGUUACCUAAUGGGAUCGUUGAAAAUUACAUGUUCUAGUCGUAUUGAAAUAAUAUAUAUUCUUAUAAAUAUAAGUUAUACGUACAGUCUAUAUCUCGGUUUAGAACAUUUACAAGUUCAUAAUUUCAAAAUCUUCUAAUCAAUAAAAAAAUAUGAUAUAGUUUGGUAAUUGUAAACAAUGGUCCCAUACAUCAUAAUUAUAUUAAAGGCUUUAUGUAAAUUUUAUUUUAAAGGCUUAAUUUGCAUUCUAAUGAUGAUAGUUUGGUAAUUAUAUAGUUUUUUUGGUGAAAUGUUAAAAAUGUAUAUAAUAGUUUUCUUGACUAAAAGUGAAAUGCAACAAUAAAGAGGAUAAAAAGUCAUCGUACCAAUUUCUAUAAGAACUGGAUUAGACUAUAAGGUUGAACAGAUCCAAAUGCAAAUCCAGUCUGGCUUACCAUGAACCCACAUUAAAAAAUCAUUAUGCAAAUUGUCUAAAAUUUAGUAAAAACUGUGAACCAUAUCAAGUCAUUAUAUUUUUUAUUGUUUCCUUUCGCCUGCCUAUGCAAUUGAACAAAAUGAUCUAUGUUACCUUCUUGCUCAAUCAAUCACUAUUUUUAACCUACCUGCUCAACUUGGAUAGUUAUACUGAGCUGUAUGUCGUAAUGGGUUUAAUGUUGAGUGUUCCCAAGAUCUGCUCUUCCUUGCCCGGCCAGGUGCAAUAUGUGAUUGAGCUCUUGGUCGAUAGCACAUUACUCACAUUUUUAGGUUUUUAACUUUCAAAAUAUCUUUUUAAUAAAUGGUUUUUACCCAUGCUCUGUUAUUUGCAUAACAGGACAGGACGAAACAUUCUUCGCUGUCUUUACAUUUUUGAACAUGUAUUUAUAUAUUAGGCUUCGAUGGUGAAUCACUAGAUGAAUGCAAAAUUGAACAAAAUAAAAAAUAAAAUUUAAAUUGAAAAAAUAAAAAGAUAUGAUUUUUUGUUCAUUUUGUUCCUCAUCAAAAUUGCAGACGGAAACUUUUUUUCGCCUACCACUAGACUAUCCAUGUGUGGUGCACUUUUUAUCAAGCCAAACAAGUCUAAAUUUAUUAAGAACAUGUUAUUUGCCAUAAAUCUCCUCCUUGCAGGUUAAAAUUAUUUAGAUCCAUUAUCCAUCGUACCAAAAAGAAAUUGAGAUCCAAGAACAUCCAUCAUACUAGAAUUACAUGCAUCCGUAUUUGUUUUACUAAAACAUGCAUCAGUUUUUAGCAAGACGCUUUAAGUAGACAAGAGAAAAUUAAAACUUUUUAGGUCAUGAUUAAUCCCGGUUUCUUAACAAGUAUUUUUAGCUUUGGCUAAGAGAUGGUUCCUAGUUUUUAAUUAAGAAAAGCUAAGAACUGUUUCUUAAAUAAGAGAUAUAAGAGACGUCUGUUAGCCAAAAAAUGUAAAAACAAAAUGUCAAAUCAUGAGUUAAGAACCUCAAAUAAGAGACCGGGGUUAAUCAUACUCUUAUAUACAUCGGUUUCUAGCACAAGGCUUUUAAGUUCUGGGCAAAUCUCCCAUCGUUUUUUUUUCUUUCAAAAAAUGCUUUUUUGACCAAAAACCAAAGAAGAAAAUAAAUGAUUAAAACCUCUUUCAUUAAAUAAUAAAUUAUGUUAAUUAGAAAAAGAGAUAGAUAAUAAUUAUACUCAUAUUUUAUAGAUAUAUAAAUAUAAAAUUUAAAUUAAAAUAAAAUAAAGUAUUUUUAUUUUUAAAAAUAAACUUUAUUCAAUUUGAAUUUUUUCGACAUUUUCCAUUUUUUUGACAUUUUCAAUUUUUGAAUUUCUUUUUUGACAUUCGAAAUUCUUUUUGAAUUUUUUUUUUAUUAUUUUAAAUCUUACUAUAUAUAUAUAUAUUAUAUAUAUAUAUAUAUUUUAAUCAUAAACCUCCAAACUUUAUCCUCUCAAAUUUAAACCUUAAGUUUAUAUUAGUUAGUUCUAAAGAUAUAAUUGUCCUUUUCAAUUUAAUGAAAUUUAUUGGGGAAUUGCCACUAAUACCACUUUCCUAAUACCACUUUUCAACUUUACACUUUUCAAAUUUACCUUUAAAAUUUAUAAAAAAAAGCUCUCUAGGUGGGCUCUUUCGUGUGACGUUGUCAACCUCUUCGUUUCAACUAUAAUCAAGCCGAGGACUCUUGAUGUUUUUGUUGUCUCGUCUGAUGGUUUGAGGCUCACCAGAGCCGGGUCUAGCGCCAUCUCUCUUCCCUGUUCCAUCCUUUCCAUCAUCCAUGUCUCGCCUCCCCCACCCUCCACAGGUUUAAGCUCGGCUUAAAACGAUAUCUUGAAGAUCCAUGCCAUCAACCACCGCAAACAUACUUUCCCUCACAACAAGUUGUAAAUUUGGUGUCCGAUGUAGGUGGGAAUCCACUCCGGCAUCCAUCUUUGAACUAUGGGUUUAUAAAUCUGGCGUCCGAUGUAGGUGGGAAUCCACUCCGGCGUUCAGCUUUGAGUGAUUUGUUUGUGAAUCUGGUGUCCGAUGUAGGUGGGAAUCCACUCCGGCGUCCAGCUAUGAGCCAUCAAAAGCUAGUAAGGUCAUGUUGUCGGCGCACAACUUUCACUUCCUCAUCUAUUGUGGAGAGUACUUCAAUACCAUGUCUCCUUUCUAUGAAUGGAGAAAAUUUCUCGGAUUCUUUUUCGAGUUUUAGUUUCAGUUUAUUCACCGGUUUGUUACCUUGUGGAGCGGUCUGUACGGGGCCUGAAGGUGCAAUCGAGAUUACUCCGGUUUUUCUUGUUGGUGAAGACUGUCUCUCAACGUCACUUGUGACUAUCUCUCAGCUGUCCGACUUUGUCGUGGAAGCUUUAUCGACGCAUUCAAACCUGGUGUUGAAUCUGCUGUCAACUUCAUAUGAAGAUUUAUCAUGCUUGUUUCUUUUGGCUAUUGUAGUUUACAAAUUGUUUUCAAGAGGAUGUUUAAUUCCCUCAUGGCUAUGUAGUCCUUGAAUUUGAAGUUAAUGGAAGUUUGUGUUUCAAAAAAAAAAAAAA